AAGAGUUAAGAGGGACCCGAAAAGCGAGAAGGAAUAGAAGGGAAGGAGACCAGGGGGUCGCGUUUCGACGGUGCAUAUUAAAAUGGCGGGAUUGAAAGUCAAGAGUAAGAAACGAAUACGCGCGAGUGGGAAGGUAACGUAACGUAACGGAGGAUAACGUGGCUCGUAAAACGCGGAACGUCGCGUCGAGCGGAUUAUUCGGUCAGUUCGAGACCGAGAGUCAGCCUUCUGCGAUUGCUGAAGAGGUGUUCACUGCUAGGUGUACGGUACGCGGGGCCAAAGAUUCGCCGACGGUGACGGUUUGUGCGCGCAUGCUCGUGUGCCGAACUACGAUUUACGUUAACGCUUGUUUAUUGCAAAUAGAAAUCGAACAAUCGAUCGCUUCACGGUUGCAGCAAUCUAUCGAUCAAACGCGCGCCCAUGGUGAACGUUGGAAAAGCAAAGCUACUUAACUUUGUCGCAAGGAAUAAGAAGAGGGUCGAGGAAAACCGUCUGACUUCUGUUGUGAUUUUUUUCCAGCAACGGCAAAGAAACUGCACUAGGCGCAAUUAUGCCGUAGCCCUGUUAAUCAGCGUGCAUCAAAAUUAGCCCAGUUAUAGUACAACGACCGUUCUCCUGCGUAGCGUCUCCACGAAACAAACAUCCGCUACAAAAACUUGAAGGUGUGCAUCGACCUUGCCCUUGAGACUUCUCCUAACGGAGAAGAGGUACCAUGGAGAAGAGGAAGAGCGUGGUGGCGUUACUUGGACUGAUUCUGUUCCUCAAGUCGUCGGACGUCGAAAGUGGCGGUGACGAGAACACGUACCCAAGGUAUUCUCAUCACAGACAAAAGAGGCUCUUUUGGAUAACCAACGAUGGUAGGAUAGCUCUACCUCCAGGGACGAUAAUGACGAUAACUCCGACGUUGGCGCUACCAUUCGUCAGAUACCCGCCCCAUGGUUUCCUUAGCAACAUGACCAUCAGCCUCCCCUUUACCAUCGAUUUCGAUAAGCUCGGUCUUACCGACAACGAGAACCCUUACGGCGUUUUGCCGUCUGCUUUUGACGCAACUGCGAGGGACCAGGGGCCAACCACCGCAGAGUUUAUCGCGGCGUUUGUGAAACGUGGACUUAGUAAAAGAGAAGCCGUCGAGGACGUGCCAAAGAACGCUUUUUACGGGGGUGAGAGGGCCCUUUUGUACGGCACCGCUGAAGACAUGCUCGCCAAUUUCGGUUUAAACGGAAAGGCGUGUCUACUGAGAGCGAUCUGCGAGGUCCAGGGACACCCCUUGAGCAAUUUCGGUCUCAUCGGGGAAAUGCUCAAGCUCUUCUUCACCGCCAGCAAGUCACCAUUCUCGAACCUCCUGAAAGAGUACGUCGAAGCUGAGAACAGGGGAAAGUUUCACGGAGAGUGUUGGCCUUACUUCAAGGAUUGUCCAAAGUCGCUGUUCCGCGCGUCUGAGAAUAGAUACACAAAAGACGCUUUCCACGAUAACACUGUUUCUGGCGAAACAGCCGAGAAGGAUGAACGCGCUUUCCCUACAGGAUCAGCAGAACGAACGCGGGAGGAAGCUGAGCUUCCUUCGCGAGACUCGAAACACGCGAUGCACCCGUCUAUGUAGGUGUAAUUGUACCAUUAAAAACUAUGUCAACUUUUCACAAGUCGGAGAAAAGUGUUCACUGACCGCGGCGCGCUUCUUAUUCCUUUUUAUUUACUUUCUAUACAGAAAUGAAUAUUAUUCGGAUGUUAACGGUUUACCUGCCACUUUGAAUUUCAGAACGAAACAGUAAGAAGCUGCGCAUUCGACUUGAUAGGGAACCAAAUACGCGUUUUACGCUUUAGUGGCCCGUUGCGGCCUGGGUCGCGUGCGUGCGACUUUCUAUCGCCAUAUUAAUUCUAGCAAUUUAUUCUUCGACAUCGCCUUGUCCACCGUGAAAAAAUAAUAUCUCCUUCAACCGUUCAGAUUAUUUAGAUAAGGACCGCCGUCUAAGGCUUAUCACAUUGACAACUUUCAAUGUGUGUCGCGUCCCUAUGCGAAACCAAGGGCGUUAUGUAUAAUAAAUUUAUUUACAAUGCGUUGCCAAGUCUUGUAACAAGUAAUAAGUAUAAGUCGAUAAAGAAUCUCGAAUCAUUUGUGGCUAUAAUGAUUUACCCUUCUUUGACGGCAACCGAUAGAUAAUAAUAAAAUAAUCAUACAAAUAGUCAUCUAUUUGAUUCAUUCGUACGUACAAAAGUAAACGGAAUUGUCGUUCAUUUUUACCAAAGUGAAGUAUAUGGAAUUUUGCUUACUUCUCGUGAUCUGCAAUUAAAUUCGCCGUUGAUCAUUAGUCGCGCCAUCUCUGAUUAUAGAAGGGUAUUCCCCUCCGUUGUAGUUUACAGUGUCAUUACGUCUGAUUAGUCGAGUAGCAAGAUAAUGUGAACAGAUUGAAACGUGUCGAUUGCAAUUAGUAUUUCUCAGCUUUUUCUAUUUAGAAUAUAUAAUUGUAUUAAUAUGUAUGACGUGUAAGGUGUGUAUUUUUAUGAGUCAGUAUAAACCUAACCUUUGAACUAACGAAAAGCGUUUGUGUUAUCGUGUUAUUCGCAUAAAACGGGAUGGCUUGUGAAGCGUGUAAUACAAAGUUCAGUUUUUUCACACGCAAG